AUGCAGAUUUUUGUAAAAACUCUUACUGGCAAAACCAUAACCCUUGAGGUCGAGCCUUCUGAUUCUAUUGAGAAUGUAAAGGCUAAGAUUCAAGACAAGGAGGGUAUUCCACCAGAUCAGCAGCGUCUUAUUUUUGCUGGCAAGCAGUUGGAGGAUGGGCGGUCCUUAUCUGACUACAAUAUUCAGAAGGAGUCAACCCUUCACCUUGUGCUUCGUCUUCGUGGUGGUGCAAUGGAUCCCACAAUGAAGGCUCUGGCCAUGAAGUACAAGUGUGAGAAGAUGAUCUGCCGUAAGUGUUAUGCUCGUCUCCAUCCGCGCGCGACGAAUUGCCGUAAAAGAAAGUGUGGUCACAACAGCAACCUUCGUCCCAAGAAGAAACCUAGCAAGUCGAAACUUGCAUCAGGACCGUCAUGCAUUGCUGGCAUUCGCGUCGGAAUGCGGAUCUUUGUGGACAAAAUCCCUGAAUCAGAACGCAGCAACGUUAUUGUUUCAGCCAAACUCUUCCUUUUUACAGAUGAUCACGACUCUAUUAGACAGGCCGUCAAUAAAACGCUGGACAGACUGGGUCUAGAAGACUUGGAAACACUGAUAAUUUCGCUCUCACCCGAACUCUCUCGAGGGGCUCUUGUUGACCACCCACCUUGCAUGGGCCUUCCUUGGGCUCGAAUCCCUCAGAACACCGCCCACAGCCUCCUUAAAAUUUGGCCUGUUUUAGAGGAAUUCGUUGAAGGCAAUAAGAUUUUCAGACUAGGAGUUAGUGAUAUGCCUGUCACUGAUUUGGAGGCGCUUUGUGCGGCUGUUAAGAUCCCUCCUAAGGUAAAUCAGGUGUUCAUCGGCAGCACUUGUCUGUUGGGCGAUGAGUUGGAGAAUUUCGCCAAACUCCACAGUAUUCAACUUCUCACACAUCACGACUCCGCUGACAUGUUGCCAGAAGAGAAGCUGCAGGCGGUGAUGCGUAACGAGUUCAGCGCGGAAGACGCAGCAGGCUGGAGGCCCUCGUGGUUGAUGCGCUAUGCGGAGUACUACAAGAAUCGGGGGGUGGUGCGCUCCAGGGGCUACACCCUUUUUGCUGAGCGCGACCUUCCCGCUUCCAUGGCUACCACUGGUGAUGCCGCCACUUCCUCCGCAAAUGGAGACCAGCGCACCUCCCUCUGA